AUGGGGUCACGCAGGGGCCCCGGCAGGGCUUGGGGCUCGCGCUCAGGGCCGGUGGCGGACAGCGAGGAUGAAGGGCCGGUGUGGACGCCAGGGCCUGCCAGUCGCAGUUACCUGCUCAGUGUGCGGCCCGAGACCAGUCCCCCACAACAGGCUCUGAGACACACUGGAGAGGUCCAGCCCCUCCUUGCCAUCAGCCGCAUUGACCUUGGAGCUGGGAAGGUUCCGUGUAACCGGAACCUGUUUCUGCAUAAAACUCGAAUGGUGCCAGAGAGCUGGGGGGCUCUCACCAUCUUCCUGUAUGCUCUCAUCCUUUUCCCUCACCCGUGUUGUGGGGUGUUUCCAGGAAUGGGGGCAUUUCUUCCACCAAAGGCCAGUAGUGGCUGCCGUGGGAAUGGCCCUGAGGCCAUUGGCUCCGGGCUGGGCUGGGCUCUUGGUUUCAGAUCCGCCGGUGUCCGGCUGCGAGGUCCCUUUGCUAACCCUCGGCAGCUGGGUCCUUUUAAUAGCAAGGUCCAGAGUGGCCGCGUCGCCCCAUGGCCCUGGAUCUGGCCUCGCAGGCACCGGCCUCACGGCUCCAUUCGCUCUUCUUGCUUAGCUCCCCCGGCGGCCGGCAGCCUCACCCCAGCCCCGGAAGAGGCCAAGAAGUCAGUGAAGGCCCCUAGCUCCAGCACCCCCAAGGCUCUGCGGCUUCUUCUACUCUUGGGCUCACAGGCCAGUGCCCCAGGAGGCCUUGGCGUGGGGAGAGCUGCCCCCCCCCCCGCCCUGUCCCCGCUGGGAAGUACCUUCUGCUCCAUCAUCGCGCAGCUCACAGAGGAGACGCAGCCAGUGUUUGAGACGACGCUCAAGUCUCGGGCAGUGUCCGAGGACAGCGAUGUCAGGUUCACCUGCGUCGUCACAGGGUACCCAGAACCAGAGGUGACUUGGUACAAGGAUGACACUGAGCUGGACCGCUACUGUGGCUUGCCCAAGUACCAGAUCACUCGGCAGGGCAAGUGCCACACGCUGCAGCUCUACCGGUGCCAAGAGGACGAUGCUGCCAUCUACCAGGCGUCCGCACACAACUCCAAGGGCAUCGUGUCGUGCUCAGGUGUCCUGGAGGUGGGUACCAUGACGGAAUACAAGAUCCACCAGCGCUGGUUCGCCAAACUCAAGCGCAAGGCAGUGGCCAAGAUGAGGGAGAUGGAGCAGAACUGGCGGCAGGGCCACGCACCGGUGGGCGAGGCGGAUGCCCUGCGUGGGCUCAGCCCCGAUCGCUUCCAGCGCAAGCGGCGGCUCAGUGGGGCCGGGGUGCCCCCGGAGUCAGGCAAAGAGGGGCAGGUGGGGCCCCCCACAGCUGAGCCAGGCCCAGUGCUGAACCACAGCGAGCGGACGCCCAACGGUGAAGCUGCCCCCAAGAACGGCGAGGACGGAGAGCCGGGUCUGCUGAGCUACAUCUGUGAGGCCAUGGAGCGGGGUUCCCAGAGAGCACCCCAGAAGGAGUCUACUGCCAAGAAGAAGAAGAAAGUGGAGAGGCCAAAGCCGGCUGGGAAGAGGCCAGAGAUGGAGGCGCUAGUGCGGAGCCCCCCGAAAACCUCAGAAAACUCUGUCUCCUACAUGAACGAGGCAGACUCCCACGGGCUGCUGGGACCUGGGGCCACUGUGGAGUUAGCUCAGUCCCAACCUGGAGGCAGGACUGCUCACGGGCCGGGCAGCCCUGGGGCAGUGGGUGCCAAGAUAUCAGUUUCUGGCACCCCUGGGCAGUCUCAGGAUGCCCCAAGCCCAGGCCCCAGCAAGGUCGUGUAUUUCUCCCUGAAGGACUUGUAUGCCGAAAGCACCCAGAUCUCAGGGCCUCCAAGGGAAGAGGAGCCACCUCUUGGAAAACCCCCUGGCCAGGCCACCAAUGUCCUGGGUCAGCCUCCCAGGCUCUUCAACAGGAAGAGAUUUGCCCCCCCCAAAGCCCAAGGGAAGGCCCAGCUGCAGGCUGCCGGCACCCCCACGCCUCCUGCCCGGCACAGACACAGCAGCGCCCUCCAGGGCCCAGCAGGGGCUUCAGGAGAGGCCCCUGCGUCCCAGACCACUCAGGCUUCUUCUCCGAGGGCCGAUCGCCGGGAGGAGGUGGGCCCCGCAGGUCACGGUGCUCCUGAAAGUCAGGUUUCCCCAGAACCCACAGACACAGCAGCCCAGCGGGAAGAGUCGAGUCCCGCUGGCCAUGGGGUUGGAGGUCUGCAGAGCACACAUAGGCAAAGUGCAGGGCAGGAGGAAGUGGGGUCCAGGGGGGAGAGGACCCCAGUGAAUGAUGAGGCCUCCAAAGAGAGAGACAGGCCCAAGGAGAAGGUGGAGGCCCAGGGAAGGCCAGAGACACGAGUGGAGAGGAUGCAGGAAAAGAAGUGGAUACAGGAAGACAGACAGACUCAGGGAGACAAACAGAUGCAGGAAGAGAGACAGAUGCAGGAAGAUAGACAGUCACAGGGAGACAGACAGAUACAGGAAGACAGAAGGCUGCAGAAAGGUAGAUAUAUGGAGGCAGAUGGAAAGAUGGAGGAAGAUGGAUGCAUGGAGGAAGACAGACAGACGCAGGAAGACAGACAGAUGCAGGAAGACAGGACACAGGACAAUAGAAAGACACAGGAAGAUGGAGUGCUACAGCUGGAUAAGCUGGAAGGAGGGAGUUUUCCAGCUGCCAAGGACAGUCAGCCAGGGUCAGGCUCAUUGAGUGAUCUUAGCUGGCAGCCCAGACGACCUACUGUGGAGGUGUCUGGACCCUCUGAGCCAACGCCUGCGGUGUCCACAGUCGGCGAGAGGCCCGGUGUCCUCCUGGCCUCUGAGGUGGCUCCAGCCCCUGGGGACCAGGAGGUGGUAGGACUGGACGUCUCCUGUGAGGAUGGUCUGAAGCCAACUGGACAGGUCACACAGCUGGAUGGCAGCUGCCUGACACCCGGGACUGUACCGUGUGUGGCAGGGAGUGACCAUAUCCCCGCUGUCCUCACCCCAGGUGUGUCCAUCCCCACUAGCUUACACCCCAGCUCAGCAGCUGCCAUCCCACCCUCUGGAAACCGGGCCUUAAUGGGUCCUGCUCCCACCUCACCCCCGAAGCCCCCGAGAAAGAGCCAGUCCUGGGCCGCCAGUGCGGCCAGCAGUGAAGGAGCUCACGAGGAGACCCAGGGUGUGGACGAGGCGUCCCCCGGCCCUCGGAGCUGUGACCCGGGUCUCAUCGAUUCCCUGAAGAAUUACCUGCUGCUGCUGCUGCAGCUGUCGGGGGCCGAGCAGAGUGGGGGAUCCUUGGCACCCCCUGCCAGCCUGGUGCCCACGGUGGAGGUGGCUGGCCUGAGCCCGCGCACGUCGCGGCGGAUCCUGGAGCACGCAGGGAGCGACCACCUGGUUCAGAGCGCACAGACGCUGCUGCUCACCCCAAGAACGUCAAGGCGCAUCACUGGCCUCCUGGAGCGUGAGGUGGAGGCACUAGAUGCUGCCAGGGGCUCUAGCACCAGCCUCUCAGUCCCAGCUAUCGUGGUGGGCGAGGAAAGCCGUGGGCUGGGUACUGGGGCCCCCGGCAAGGGCACCCCACAGGGGCCUACCCCUCAGGAGAGCCCUGCGACCCCACUACGGCCAGAGGGAGACCUGUGGGGACCCCUUCCAGUCCAGAGCAGCUCCCCUGUGGCCCCCGAGGCUCAGGCCGGUAUCCCCGCAGCCACGGCACAGGAGCUGGCACUUGGGGCUCGGCCCAAACGAUUAGUCCCCAAGGCCAGAGCCGCAGGAGAUGGAGAGGUGCCGAGAUCCAAAGACAGAGACAGAGACAGAGAUAGAGACAGCCCCACCGUGUCCCCCCGUGAGGCCAGGAAGCACCUGGCACCCGGUUCCCCAGGCCGGGAGAAGCGAUCCCCAACGCAGGUCCGCAGAGCCAGCUUGCUGGAGGUGCCUCGGGCUGGAGAGGAAACACCACCGGCAGAGCCUGAAGCCGAGCCAGCCUGCAAAGAGGGCAAACAGGACGGCCCGGCCCAGCCCAGCAAAGCCAGUGACCCGCUAAAAGCCCCUCAGGUAAUUCGGAAGAUCCGAGCGGAAGCCUUUCCGGAUGCUUCCGGCAGCCUGAAACUCUGGUGUCAGUUUUUCAACAUCCUCAGUGACUCAGUGCUGACCUGGACCAAGGACCAGUGCCCAGUGGGGGCGGCCGACAGGAGUGCAGGAGACGAGGGGCCCGCAGCCCUGGCCAUUGUGCGGGCAUCCGGCGUGGACUGUGGCUUGUACCGGUGUGAGAUCCGAAACCAGCACGGGGCUGCCUCCACGGACUUCACCCUCAGCCCCGAGGUCCUGUCUGGUUUCAUCUCCAGAGAAGAAGGGGAAGUGGGAGAGGAGAUCGAGAUGACCCCCAUGGUGUUCGCCAAGGGCCUGGCCGACUCAGGCUGCUGGGGGGACAAGCUCUUUGGGCGCCUAGCAAGCGAGGAACUUCGGGGCCAGGGCCGAGGGCUGGGGCUGCAGAAGGCAUCACAGGCCAAGGUCAUCUACGGGCUCGAGCCCAUCUUUGAGUCGGGCCGCACGUGCGUUCUCAAGGUGGCCAGUCUUCUGGUGUUCGGGCCCGGUGGCGAGACCUCGCUCCUAGGCAGGAAUUACGAUGUGACCAUCCAGGGCUGCAAGAUCCAGAACAUGAGCCGCGAGUACUGCAAGAUCUUCGCGGCCGAGGCUCGUGCAGUGCCCGGCUUUGGGGAGGUUCCUGAGAUCAUCCCUCUGUACCUCAUCUACCGGCCUGCCAACAACAUCCCCUAUGCCACGCUGGAGGAGGACCUGGGCGGGCCCCUAGAGACCCAUUGCUGCCGCCACUGGACCAGCGCCGCCACACCCCAGGGCUCUGAGGCUGCACACAAGUGCCAGACGUUCCAGCACUGGCUGUUCCAGUGGACGAAUGGCGGCUUCCUGGUCACCGACCUGGCAGGGGUCGGCUGGAAGAUGACGAAUGUCCAGAUUGCCACCAAGCUUCGGGGGUACCAAGGCCUCAAGGACUGCUGCGCCCCUGCCCUGCUGGACCAGUUUGUGGCCUCCCACCGCUGCUCCCCAUUCUGCACCAUGCUGGGCUUGCAGCCUCUCAAAGCCCCCGAGCCAGCUCACGCCCUGGGCAAGGCCAAAGGCUCCAAGAGCCCCUCAUCGGGCAGGAAGGGGCCCCAGCUGAGCCCCCAGCCCCAGAAGCGAGGCCCGCCCAGUCCUCAGGGCCUAAAGAAGAUCCCCAAGGCCCGGCCGCAGCCCCCCGAGCCCAGCACUACUCAGCCGCCUCCAGUUCUCUCUCCCCACCGCCUGCUGACCCCCUUUGAGGUAGCGGCCCGUGGGCUCCUGGCUCUGUACCUGCAGGACUGGGGCCUGGCAUCCAGCCUGGAGGUGGAGACUGGAAAGGGGUCAGAUGUGAGUUUCUCAGCACAGCCCCCAAAGCUGGAGCCCCUGGAAACCAGGGACCCAGGGGGACCUCUGGAGAAGGGGGGGGGCAGCAUUGUGCUUAGUGCCCAGGGCUGCCUGUACGGGAAGGCCUACCCACACCUGUCACUUUCUCCUGCACGUGUGGGCAACGGGGAGCCAAGUUGA